AUGGCUACAUCAGGUUGGCUGCAUGGUACAUCUGCAAUGCGACUUACAGAAGGUUUGGUGUUGGUUCUAAAAGAACAGCGCCCUGAGUAUUUGCCUGAUGUGUUGGCUAAAUACAGAGAACAUGGCGUUUUCCCGAUACAGGGUGCUAGCGAUGUCGCGGGUCUCGUGGGUUAUACCAAUGCGAAACUGAGUUCGAGCAAAACCAGGUUUGAAGGGCUCUGUACGCUCUCUCUGCUGGUAAAAGACAGCUCAAGUGACCUCUUCCAAGUGCACUGCCUUUCCUGGCUGCGUUUUCUUCAACAAGUCAUUCAGUCCCAGGCUCCACUUCAGACCAUUCAGCUGGCUGUAAACAUUCUAAAAGACGUGCUGCAGUACUCACACCAACAACCACAGCUUGCCAGGGAAGUUGGCCUCAACUCCAUCCUAGGCAUCUUGACAUCUUUGCUGGGCCUAAAGAUGGAGUGUGAACUUGCUGCCAUGGAGGGAAUGAUAGCCUGUAUGGUCUACUACCCAAGAGCCUGUGGAUCCCUCAGGGACAAACUAGGAGCAUAUUUUCUCUCCAAAAUGGACAACACGAACAAAAAAAUACAAGAGAUGGCCUGCCAAUGUUAUAGUCAUCUGCCCUGUAUGGGGGGUAUGUUAGACAGACCCAUGAGUGUUGGAAGAGCUAAUGGCUGGAAUAAUCAGAUCCAUUGCCUUCUUGCGUCUGCAAAUGCUCUACUGGCUCAGAUAUACCAAGGUUCAGAAGCAGCUGGAGCUUUGCAAUAUCAAGGACCGGGUGUGGAGCUUGCCUUUCCUCACCUUGAUGAAGCAGAUCCACUAUAUGUUCUGCAGCUCCAGCACAGAUAUUCUGCUGUGUGUAAGACAAUUAAACACACACUCAGAGUGGAUCCCUUCUCAGCUGUCCAUCUGCCGGUCAGACCAAUACUUAACCUUGUGUGCCGAGCUCUGGCGGUUAGCAGGAAAAGUUUGAAUUUAUCAACAGAUGGAAGCUUGAGGCUGUUGGUACUCCCCAGUGUACACACAAGCACUUUUGAGGUUCUUUCAGAUGUCAUCACAGUAGUACGUAGUGGCAUGGUUCAGUAUGCGGCUGUAAUCCACAAGCUGUUUUCUCAAACCCUUUCUGCCUGGACGUCUCCAUCUGAAACCAAUGUUGGAAAGCAGAAGGCUUACAGCUCAGUGAGGGAAUCUGUGUAUAGAGCCUUAGAAUUGUGGGUCCGAGUAGUUGGAGCAUCAGCUAACAUCCUUCAGGGGAGCCAUGGUCAUGCACAGCUGCUCUUCAGCCACCUGCUUGGUGACAUCACUCCAGAAGCCGAAUCUGCAAGGCUCCGAGCUGGUCUGUCAGUUGAUGUGGUUCCUGGUGGAAAGCCAGGACCUCGACGGACAAAGCAGUUGGUCAUUGCUGAUGGAGGGGAACAGUCGCUCCAAAGGAAAGGGGACUUUUUCCCCAAUCAAGAUACAUGUCUUUCAGCCCUUAGAGCACUGAGACAAAUCAUACAGACGAGUGGUACACUGCUAAAGGAGGAUAUACACAAGCGGCUCCAUGAAGUGGUUUUGCCUCUGUGUGUACGCCUGCAGCAGCAACAGUCCGUUAGCAGCCCUGCACAUGAAUCCGCAAGGGGCAUUAGCGGGCAGUACAGCAGUGCCAUCACCCGGAGAGAGCUGUAUAGGCUACUAUUGGCUCUGGUCCUGGUUCCAUCACCAUUUUGUCCUCCACCCUCCUCCUGUGCAGUCUCCAUCUUCAGCAAUGGACGUGUUGACCGUAACAUUAAGGUCUCUUCAUUCUGUGCCAAGGCGCUGACCAUCUGUAACUCUGUUCUACACUCUCGGAUUCCCUCCAUUGGUCUUCCCUUACCACCCCUGACCCCAAAGUCAAGUGGCCCUGCAUCUGUGCUUUCAUCUCAGGGUCCCGCCUCUCGACUAACUUUGUCCACCCUCCUGGAGGGCUCCCUCCCUGGGCCUGCUUUCCCCGCUCGCCAUUCUCUCAGUUUGGGCCCUUCGUCUCUGUUGGACUCCUUGGAGAACCACCUCUCCCUGGUUCCAGGCCUGCCAGGCCAGGCCCCUCCCCCAGGAGACUUGAUCUUGUCCCAACACUCGCACCAUCAGCCUGACGUCUCUGGGCUGGGCCCUCCAGAGGGACAGAGGCCCGUAUUCGUUCGCUACGACAAAGAGGAAGCGGAAGACGUGGAGAUAUCUUUGGCAAGUGACUCGGACGACAGUGUUGUCAUUGUUCCUCCAGGGAUGCUCAACGUGGAGAACCAACAGGUUGACCCAUCAACAAACCCACAGAACAUGCUUCCCACUCUUCCAGAUGGCACCGGUAUAACAUUGACAAAUGAUUCCGUCACCAUGGUCCCCACCACGGCAGCAACAACUGCAAUCGAUGUAUCCUCACUCCCCAACACCAUGACCACUUCCUCCCCUCUCAUCACCACCUCAACGGCCCCUAAUAAUUCCUUACCUCCCUCUAGUACUUCAGUGGUCUCUUUAGUUCCACCUUUGAACUCCGGUACCAUCUCGGCUCCGCCUGGUGGUUUGGGUGACCAACUGCCUUGCAAAGCCCAGCUCCAGCAGAUGCUGAUGCAGUCCCCUACGGCAGGCCCGCCCAACCCUAUAGGCCUACCGCUCCAGAUGCAUCAGCUCACGCAGCAGGGGAGACACCUUAACCAGCACGCGCCGGCGCCCGCCAGCGAAGAAUCAGCCGUCAUCAACAUCAACAGCAGUGACGAGGAGGACGACGAGGAAGACUUGGAGGACGACGAAGAGCUAGAGGAGGAAGGGAUCGACGAGGAUGAGGAGGAAGAAGGCAGCGACGAGUUUUACGAUGGAGAGGAAUAUGAAGACUUUGAUGAAGAAGAUGCCGAAGAGCUGGAGGAGGAAGAGGAGGAUGGGGACAUGCCACCGCUGGAGGGAACAGAAGACAAGUUAGUCGAAGAGGAUAUAGAGGAGGAUAAAGUGCUCCGACCUGCAGUGGAUGAAGGGGGUAUGGCUGGAUAUAUUGUUGAGGGAGAGACAGAAGGAGGAAUAGAAGAGCUCCAAACUAGCAGAGCAGUGUUAGAAGACAGGAAGAAGGUUCAGGAGGUGGAAAGCAUUGGUGUUUUGGAAGACGAACGGGAUGCAGAAGGCGAGGAGGACGAAAGCGAAAAGAUGGACGAUCCCACCAUGCCACAGAUUUUAUGUGUGACCGGAGGAGCGCUGGAGGAGGGAGCCGGAGCAGGAUCGGGGCUCCAGGAGGAGAUGAGCAUGUGGGACCAAGAUGCAAAGGAGAGCGAGCGGACAGCGGCCUCAGGAGAACACGUGUCCAGUCAGAGUCUGCAGGAGCCCGAUAAUGCAAUGGAAGAUGCUGUUAAAGAUGACAAACCAUCCAAAAAUCAGGAGGAAGAAAUGGUUGCUCAAGUGUGUGAUUCAGGCGACGCGGACCUCGAAUCAUCUUCUGGUCAGAACAUUAAAGGACAAGAGCAAACUGGUGCUGAUCAAGCAGAAAUAAAGGAAGCAGAACAAUCAACAAGAGAAGAAAAGUGUGCAGGACAAGUUGAGCAGGAAGGGAGAAGUGUUGGAGUGGAUGGAAAAGGAACGAAGAGGAAGCGAGAGGAUGGAUACACAGAAGAAGAUGAGCAAAGCACUGAGAAAAUUAAGCCUGAUGAUGACGCCAUGGCUUCGAUGUUGGCUGAUUUUGUCGCCUGUCCGCCUGAUGACGAAGACAUUGCCACCGGAUCCAACUCCUCAUAA